GUUUAGUUAAGAAGUUUCGAAAUUGUGUGCAAGUUUUCACCAUCUGCUUAGAUAUUUUGAAUACAUAAAAAUAGACGUAGUUUUUAAAAGUUAUUAGUGUGGCCACCAUAUGGAAGCGGACGUGAGUAAAAGUAGUGAUGUUUUUUAAUUUUUAUUUGUAAAGUCAACUUCAAUAAUUAAAUUGUUUCUCCACGCAUGGUUGAUCAUCUUUACAAAAAAAAGAUUGAAAGGGUAAGAUCGUUUGAAUCAAAUGAAAAAAAUUCAUGGAUGAGUUGCUAUCAGGAUUCCAUCAUGAUAACUGGUUUGUUCGUAAAUUUGUUUGGCGAAUUUACUCUUCUAUCAUUCAGAAAGUAAUGUGAUGCUCGACCAUUUUUUUUUGGCGAGAGACAUGUAAAUUAGUACUGGACCAUUCGAACGUUUUGCUUUAAAUAUAUUGCUCACAAAAAAAAUCAUGAACAAAAUGCGAAAUCGAGUGACAUUGAACAUAAGUGGUGAAAUAUUUGAAACUUUGGAAAAAACCCUGUUGAGAUACCCUACCACUUUGCUGGGCGAUGCUCUCAAAAGAAAUUGCUAUUACUGUCAACAUUCAAAGCAAUAUUUCUUCAAUCGAAAUCGUCUGUGUUUUGGUGCUAUUCUGUAUUUUUAUCAAUCGUAUGGGAUAUUGUCGUGUCCUUCAGACAUAUCUAUGGACAUCUUCGAAGGAGAAUGUCAAUUUUUUCAACUCCCUGUCAAGAGUAUACAGAAUAUGAGGUCUAAACAUGGUAUGCUUCUGCUUGAAGAAACCACACCAGAAUGUCAUAUUGUGACAUUUAAACAGAAAAUUUGGAAUUUAUUUGAAAAUCCCGAAACUUCAAGUGGGGCAAAGUGGGUGGCGAUAUUUUCAUUAAGUAUGAUAUCUUUUUCUGUAUUCACAACAUGCUUAGAGACUCUACCGCAAUUUAAUAAAACUGCAACACGUAUGAAUAAAAAUCCAUGGGCUUUGAUUGAGUUUUCACUAAAUAUUUGGUUCUUCCUGGAACUAUUAGCACGAUUCCUUUCCUCUCCUAGAAAGAAUAAAUUUCUUUUGAGCUCACUAAAUUGGAUAGAUGCAUUUGCUGUCAUUCCGUAUUUUAUUGUGUUAUGCAUAAGUGCUAAAAAUGUGCAGUCAUUAGCAUUUUUACGUAUUCUUCGAUUUAUGCGAGUCAUUCGAUUAUUUCGACUUUCAAAACAUUCGAAACGCCUACAAGUUGUUGGGGAAAUUAUCAAAUCCAGUAUAGGGGACUUGCAGCUACUGUUGCUAUGCUUAGCCAUGCUAAUGAUAUUUGGCGGGAGCUUAAUGUAUUACUUAGAAGGACACUCGAACAGCUCACAAUUCUCCAGCAUUCCACAGGCGUUAUGGUGGGCAGUACAAACGAUAACUACAUUAGGUUACGGUGAUGUGUAUCCUGUCACUCUUCAGGGUAAACUUCUAGCAUCAUGUUUCAUGGCAUUUGGAGCUUUAACAAUAUCAUUACCAGUGCUGUCUAUUGUAACAAAAUUUAUGAUAAUGUACUCACAAAAUGUAUCAGAUUAAUCAAUCUCCAUACUAA